AUGUCGUGGUUUACCUCCCUCUUCUGGUCCUCGAAGACGCCGUCUCCAUCACCCGCCAGCACUGCCGACGCAGACAACCAGCGCAUGCUGGAGGAGGUAUCUGCAUUGACCAAGCCAGAGCCAGUUGCCGAAAGUCCUACACCAGCUGUUCCGCAGCAAGCGCAGACACCACGAACGGACAGGGGCAAGGUCAUAUUCGGGGCGGGCCUUGCUUUCUUUACCUUUUCGGUUUUGGUGACACGCAGGGCCUUCGCACGAAAGCGAUUGUCCAACCCAGCAUUUUAUGCCAAUGCUCCGGGCCACCAAGCAGAACAAGCCAAAAAGGUCAGUGGUGCGAUGGAGGCUUUGGAGGCAUUAAAUCUGGCGACUAUAAACGUCCUCAGUCUUUCCAUGAUGGCAACGGGAGGAACAAUGUGGUACCUGAAUAUCAAUAGCAUUGAAGAUGCGAGGAGCCUACUUCGAGGCGGACUAGGCGUUGAUGGCACGGGCAAGACAGAAAAAGAUGCGGAGGAAGAGUUCGAGGAAUGGAUGGCCACUGUUCUGGCUCGCAAAGAUGCAAAGGGAGUAAAGCCGCCUCGGAAGAACGAAAGAGGCCAGGAGAGAUGA